UUCGUCAAUCAUCCCAUUUAGGUCGAACUUCCCUCACUGUUUUUCCUCGUCAAAGUUUGUAAUUGGAAGCGCAAAUUUGAAUCCUCGGCGUGCGAUCCUGUAGGAAAACUCAGGAAUUGAAGAAGUCAUUGAAGGGAGGAAUGGAGGAGGGUGAGAGUUCGAAAUCGAAUUCCGGAAACGAUUCGGCUCGACCAUGGGAGUCAUACAACACUGUUUAUACGACUGCGAAAGCAGGGAUGGAAGGGGUGGACAAAGAAAAAGUGCAAAGGGUAGUGUACGAGAUGAGCAAAGGGUCCAAAUAUUUUGAAAACGAGGAAAGAAAAGAAGCUUACAUGAAGCGGAAAAUCGAGAGUAUGCGAGAGCAGCUUGCCAAGCUUACUCCCUACGAUAUUUCUAAUUAUCAAAAGGUUGCCAACAGAAGGAUUGCUGAAUUAGAAGCUACACGUGAUCUAUCAAGGACUUGGUUACAUGUGGAUAUGGAUGCCUUCUAUGCAGCUGUUGAAACGCUGUGUAAUCCCUCUCUCAAAGGCAAACCAAUGGCUGUUGGUGGUAUGUCUAUGAUAUCGACAGCUAAUUAUGAGGCACGGAAAUUUGGGGUUCGAGCUGCCAUGCCUGGAUUUAUUGGACGUAAAUUGUGUCCACAACUGAUAUUUGUUCCACCAGACUUCACAAAAUACACUCACUAUAGUGAUCUAACAAGGAAAGUAUUCCAGAAAUAUGAUGCCAAUUUCUUGGCUGGAAGUUUGGAUGAGGCAUACCUCGACAUAACAAACUUUUGUCAUGUCAAUGGAAUGACUGGUGGUGAAGUGGCUGAAGAGCUCAGAGAAAGUGUUCACACGGAAACUGGACUCACUUGUAGUGCUGGGGUAGCCCCAAAUCGGUUACUUGCUAAGAUUUGUUCAGACAUCAACAAGCCAAAUGGUCAAUUUGUGUUACCAAAUGAGCGUACAGCUAUUAUGACAUUUAUAUCUUCACUGCCCAUAAGGAAGAUUGGAGGCAUUGGUAAGGUGACUGAAAAUAUUUUAAAGGGAGCUUUUGGUAUUACGACAUGUGAGGAGAUGCUACAGAAAAGUGGUUCCAUCUAUGCGCUAUUCUCUCACUCAUCUGCAGAAUUUUUCUUAUCAGUUGCUUUGGGACUUGGGAGGACAGAUACACCUGAAAAAAGCCAGAGAAAAAGUAUGAGCAAUGAGAGAACCUUUUCACCUACAGAAGAUGAGACAGUGCUUUUCCAGAAAUUAGUGGAGCUUUCUGAAAAUCUUUCCUCGGACUUGAAGAAGGAGGAUCUUUGUGGAAGAACAUUGACUCUGAAAUUAAAAACGUCAUGUUUUGAGGUUCGAAGUCGGGCUGUCACUCUGCCAAACUAUAUUAGCUCAAGUGACGAUAUUUUGAAGCAUGCCAAGAAGCUUCUUAAGGCUGAGCUCCCAGUAUCUCUAAGACUGAUGGGACUGCGAAUGUCACAAUUUAACGAUGGCCGAGGUGCUAUACAUGACCCUAAGCAAAAAACACUUGCUAACUUCAUUGUCUCUGAGGAUCCUCCAAAAGUGCUUGGAGAUCAAGCUUUAUCAGUGUCACAUAGCAACAAUGACUCUUUAAAUAACGACAGAGUGACUAGUUGCUUUAGCGAUGCACAAUGGCCAUGUGAACCUGACAUCCUCAAUACCAGCUUCAAUCUCAUCAGCGCAACAAAUGGUGACAUUGAUACCGAACUUAAGGGAAGUUCAGGUAUCCAUGUUGACAGGUUCCAUGACAAUGUUGAUCAAUCAGUGGAAAGAGAUCCAUCUUCUGAACUGGCUGAGCAAAGCAAACAGGGUCAUGAUCAAAAUGCGACCAGCUGCAUCGAUGAUGGGCCAGGCAGUUCAUCAAGUCCAAAAGAACCCAUAAUCGAAUGGUUGAAUGGCUACCAAUGCUCGGCAUGUGGGAUUGAACUGCCUCCUUCCUUUGUCGAGGAAAGACAAGAACACCUGGAUUUUCAUCUUGCUGAGAGGCUACAGGAUGAGGAGCGUUGCAACGUCAACAGAAAUGUCAAAUCUAGACAAAGGUCCAUUAGAAAGGAUCAAAUUAGCCACGGCCACCAGAAAAAGAAGCAGAAACUAUCCCCUUCAGCAGGUAAGCACAUUCCUAUCGACACAUUCUUCACAAAAACCAGUCAAAAUUUUUGAUGGAAAGACACACAAUUUGUAUAUUUAUGUCUUUCCAUAAACACCACUCCAUUCUGUGUUAUCUUGCAAGGCUUGUUAAUUUUACAUGUUAUGGUUUCCUAUUUGAGUAUGAAAAUAGUUGUAAAUUUUUAGUUUUAAAUUGGUUAAUGUUUGUUAUAUUUUGUGCUUACUUGAAGGAGGAAAAAGAAAUGUUCAAUAAAGGUUUGUUGAAUAUGUUAAUAUGAUUUAUUAUUAAAUAGUCAUUAUUUAUUUAUUUAUUUAUUUUUGUGAUAAUUUGGAAAUCCGCAGGCCUAAAUUUCUGCCAAACUUAUUAAAUCUCGGCAGAAAUAGGCCUUAUAUUUAUUGGGAUGCUGGAUUAUUUUAAAAAAAAAGCUAGUAUGUUAUCCAUGAGUAAUUAGUUGUAGUAUUAAGAAUUGAAGCUGUCCAGGACUGGUGGUGUAGGGUUAACAUGUGGGUUUUCUACGUUAUAUAAAGAAACAAAAGAAUUGGAGCUUUUAAAGAUGGUGUUUGUUUGUUUGUAAGAUUUUAAUUAUUGAUUAACUUUUUUUUAAAAAGAUAUAAUUUUUAAUUUUAUUUUAUAGUAAAAAUUCAUUUUAUACUUAUAUCAAUAUUUAUUUUUAUUGUUAAUAAAAUUUAAAAUUUAAAUCCCUAAAUAAAAAUACCCAAAACAUAAUUAUAAAAAGUUAGGAAAUAAUUAUAUACUGCAUAUCCGUCAAACUUACAAAUGGUUUGUGGUGUGGCCUUUCUUUAAAAAAUGAAAGAAAGAAAUAAAUAAAUAACAAUAGCCAGCCAUCCCUAUUUCUCAGCCCAAAUGAAAUAAAGUACUGAUUGGGCUGCUUCUGGAAUAAGCCCAUGAGCCUUGAAGGGUUUUUUUGGCGCCAAUUUGAUUUUGGCAGAAAUCUUGGCGGGAAAGUACCGAAUAUAAUGAAUGAAGUAGUUUGCCCGCCGCUAUGGCACUGCACUGGCGAUGGCGACGGCGACGUUGACCUUUUGGUAGCGUGGAGGAAGCAUGGCUGGGACUGUAGUGCACCAUACAGGGGAUACUGAUAAUGGCUGGGAGACUGAUAUGCGAAUCGCUUUCGAGGUUAGGGUUGGAGCUGUGCCCCGAUUUCGCCUUUGUUAACAUUUUUGGUGCCUGCUUUUGCUUGCCUGCGGUUAAUGAGCGAAAGCUUCUUUGUCUGAGUGUAUUGUGUGAUGGAGAUUAGCACGCUGAUGCAAACACAAUGGCUGUUUGGAAACAAGUGCUGGCGUGAGUCAUGAAGAAUUUGGAGCUUGUAAUCAUUAUGAGAAAGUUAAGAAGCCACUAAAGUUAAGUCUAUUUGGGCUGACUUAUGGAUCCGUGGCUGCUGAAGUGGGCAUUCAUAGGGCCACUAUGUCAAAUAUAGGUUGAUCAAUGAUCAGAGCUAUAAUGGCACAAUAUGUGCCACUACACAGCCAACUUGAAGGUGUGGAUCACACAAGUGACCUUUCUUUCCUAGUUCGAACGGAAAAGGGGUACAGCUGAUUGAAUACAGCCUAUUCUUGAAAUAAACAACUCACACACACUCCCCUUCCAAAAAAGAGCAAUACAACAAUCACUACACCCACCCCAGAGUAUACGCUUCAACAGGAAUCGCACAAGGGUAGAUUAGAAACCUCUGGUAAAAUGCCCGCCCGUCACCCAGUGGAUAAAGUACAUUCACAAUCGUGCUUAAAAAUGGCACUCAAUUAUUGUAUUCAAGGGUAUGUGGUAGCUUGUGUGCCUGAUCUUUCUUACAUCAUACUUCAAAAUUAUUUGUCGGGUGGCUGGUGAAAAUAGGAAUUGCCCCAUUAUCUUAUAAUAUGCAUGCACGUUCGAGUAGGAUUAUGUUUUGGCCCUUACAAGGGUUAGGUUGAAAGGCAUUCAUAAUAUCGACUGACAGAUCAUGCCCCCUGAUUUAACUUAAAUGCAACAGGUGCACAUAUUUUUUUC